AUGGGAAUGCAUGGAAAGUACGUCGAUUAUCUACAAGUUGAUCCUUCCAAUACAUACAUCAAUAAAUAUGGACCACCUCAAGAAGAACUGCCAGACGACUUUUUCGACUUCCCAGACAGUCCGAAGGAGAGUAGUUCAGAAUCUUUUUCGAAACCUACUCCAACAAGCGAUGUGCUAGAUUUUAUUUCUUGGGAGCCACUCGAUUCAGAUCCUUCUCUUUAUAUGAACAUCGUAUACGAAUCAGAAGUCUAUGCCCAUCAAUCAGCAAUUCUACGAAAAACCUUAUCGCCGAAGAGAGGUGUUUUGGAGACAGUCACCUGA